AGUGUGCAACAUCAGGUGGCAGCAAAAAGCCGCGAAGAAGCUGGAAGCUUCACAUUUCGCGUCUGUCAUCUGCGCCGUCGUUCUCUCUCGUGCAAUAGAGAACGACACUUGCAGCUUGCAGCGAAUGCCAGUUUCAAGUACGCAUUGUCGGGAUGUUAAGUGAAAACGCGCGACGCUGAGAGACGCGCCGAACGAUAACUUCGUCGACGAUGCAACAACGCUCAGGGUGAUAGUAAAAUUAACCUCGCGUAUCGAUUCUGAAUGUGAUGCGACGCGACGCGGAGCUGGAUCGACGAUCCAUAGAGAUGCCGUGAAAUCUUACGACGCGACCUCGCUCAGCGAUAAAACGACAUCCGUGUUAUCCGUUUAUCGUCACAGUGAAUAAUUGAUAAAUCUCUGUUGAGUAUGCUUGUGUGUUGAGUAAUGACGUUGCUGUCCACUGUCUUGACACGUGUGUAAAUUGAUAUCGGAGAAUGACAAGGUAUUCAUCGAACAGCACAUGAUACGCAAAGCUAUCGAAGGUGCGACUGGCGGGGAAUGCAUUGCACAUUUGUUGACAGAGAGCGAGAGAGGAAAACUAGUCGACUUGUGAUAUCCACGUCUCUGCACAACAUAUAUCUUAGAUAUCUAUUUCAAUAUAGACCGAAGAUAUAACACCAAUUGAAAAAAAAGAGAGAGAGAGAGAGCAAAUGCAUCUUAUUUUAUGCAUGACUUAAUUAUUUACUAAGAACUACUAAUUCUAUUAACACUGUCUUAUAACACAGGAGUAAACUGUAAAAGUAUGUGCCAUACAUAUAAGCGGCUUUCCGAAAUCGUUCAACGUGAUUAACAGUUUUAACAAGAAUUAAUAAAGCUUUCUAAAAUUAAAAUGCAUGAGAAUAAUGGUACAAAUGAGAUGAGAGAGUUCAACGCAACGGAUGUUACCGACUCUAUUUUGUACACUAUACUAAUGAACGAUUCUGCGACAGUCUCGACGAGCAUGGCGAGCACGAUCCACAACGAGAGUACGUCCACGACGUACGUAGAACUGACGCAGGAGAAUGAGAACAAUCAACGAUUAUGGAAUCUGUCGAAAACCGCCGUAACUUCACUGUCUGAGCCUACAGCUAUACCGUUUAACACUUCCAAAAGUACUACGAUAUACACAACGACCGAAUCCUUCGAUGAGUUUGGUCCGCCGGAAGGAGUAGAAUAUAUUUUUGUACCACUCGGUGUAGUGGUCUCUGUUCUUAUACUAUCAGCUGUGGUAUGGGUGCUAAUUAUAUCAAGAAAGCGCAAGUUGGAGCGUUUAAGACAUAGACUCAUGCCAAUGUACAACUUUGAUCCUGGAGAAGAGGAGGAGGAUGACUGGGAAACCGAACUGCUGGACGAGUGCUAUAGUUCACAUCAGAGACGACAAGGAUACCAAUCCAUGGAUACUGAAGAGAAUGCAGAACUGUUCAGUGGUCACUAAUAGCACAUUUUCACAUGGCAUUUAAAUCAUUGUUUUUCCUUUUCAUUAUGCUGUAACUGUCAUAGACUAAAAUAUCUUCAUAAUUUAUUGUAACAUUCUUAUAUACUUGAAUCAAAGUUUUCAAGCCUAAUGAAAUUUACAAUUUUAGCCCUAUAUGGGCUAUAUUUUUUCUUAUACAAAUUCUUGAAAAUUGAAAUUUUAUAAAAGAAUAGUAUUAGAAAUACAUUUAACGAUAUUCCAGUUCAACUGUUUCUCACAGCUUAAUAUUAUCUAGGCCGCACAUUUAACGCAUUUUGACUUUUCAAAAUUGAAUGACAUAGACAUGUUUACAAUUUUCAAAAUAUUGGCCAAUAUUAUGUAUAUAUUAUAA